UUGGUUCUUCGGCAGCCAAUCAGCUGCCAGCGUGGCUCUGACUCAUCGCAGGUGUUGUAAAACAUCAAACUCACAACCGCCACGACCACAGAGGAAGUGUGAAACAGGAAGCCAAGGUUUAAACGUAUCACUUUCACUAGUCCAGUUUUUAUUCACGUGGUUGUAGAUUCUAAAACUGUUUUGCUUUCUCUUGUCAUGAGCUCUGACAUCUCGCAGAAGUCAUGUUGUCGGUGUUAUUCAAUCUGUGUGGUUCGCCUGCGGUUCCUUGUGGCAUGACGACCACUAACAAAGGAAACAAGGCCUUGAAGGUGAAGAGGGAGCCCGGCGAGAACGGGACGAGUCUUACGGACGAUGAGUUGGUGUCCAUGUCGGUCCGUGAACUCAACCAGCACCUGCGCGGUCUGUCGAAAGAAGAGAUCCUGCAGCUAAAGCAGCGCCGGCGGACGCUCAAGAACCGCGGCUACGCUGCCAGCUGCCGCGUGAAACGAGUCACCCAGAAGGAGGAGCUAGAGAGGCAGAAGGCGAAGCUACAGCAGGAAGUGGAAAAGCUCGCCUCUGAAAACGCCAGUAUGAAAGUGGAGCUGGACGCGUUGCGCUCCAAAUACGAGGCUCUGCAGAGUUUCGCCAGAACUGUGGCACGAGGGCCCGUGGUGCCCGUUUCUAAUGCAAUCUCUCCCCGCGGGUCAUUUGCGUCUGUCAUCGGGCCCCUCAUUCCUGGCAAGGUGGGAGCCACGAGUGUUAUCACGAUAGUUAAAUCUAAAACUGACGCGAGGUCUUAGUGCCCUACAGAGGGAGCGAGAGAGAGUGUUGGUCAGUGCAUGAUGGUUUAGGCGCGGGACAGAAAGUGUUGAUGUCGUUUUGGGGCUGAAGUUAGACUGAAAUAGCCUUCACCUUUUCUGGUUCAUGGGUUACUAAAGGAGAAAAGCACAUCUAGCACGGUUAAUUCACUUGGGCUUCCAAAAUAGUCUCCAAAUUACCAACGAAACAAUCUGAAAACAUGCAGCCAAAUUGUCAUUGUGGACGUCUGUGUUAUUGGUGUGAGAUUUGUAAUUUUGUAAAAACGUUGGCGACUUUGUAUUGUGUGUUUCACAUGAGGUCCAAGUUCAGUGUUUAUGUUAUUGUACUUUUUAUACAGUGUUCUUUGUUUAUUUUCUCUUUGGAGAUGCCACGUUAAUGUCCUUUUGUUUACGGACUGCAGGCACACAACACUUUAUUAACGAUCAGGCUUCCAAACUCUUCCACCGUCUCCGUAUUAGGCCCUGGAACUCAAGGAGAAGGUCAAUAAAAUAGGAUCUUUUCCAUAUAAUGAGAUGCGAAAUGUAAUUGACGUCAGCCAAUGUGGAGCUCCCUUUACCUGAGCCUAACUUAUGCACUGACCAAUCACUGAUGGGCAGGAGGAGAGGAGGCGGAGUCAAACGAGCUGAUGUUGUUCAUAUGGUAGCUAUCAGGAUCUCACACCAGUUUAUGUGCUUACUCGUCCAUUUUCAGGACAGAAAAUACUUUUAUUAUGACAGAUGAGACUUUAUUGGCAAGGCAAUAACAUAUUUAUGUUAUGCAAUGUUACAUUACAGCUUGUAUUUGCUUUUGUUUGUUUCAUGGUGAAUGACCUUCACAGUGAAGGUUAUAAUGUCUGUCACUGUCAGUAAAUCCAGAGAGAUUUUUCACUAUAUCAAUUGAUGUCUUACAUUGUUGAGUAAAAACAAGAUAAGAGAAAAAAAAUCUUCAAGCUUCUGCUUUUGAAAGCCGGACUGUCGUGCGAUAUAAACUGGUGAUAUCUCACAAGCGUUACCAUAAAUUUGUUGCUGUGACAUUGCGUAACGUAUUCUAAGAAUCUUUGUCUAUAUUGGUGGAGUCUUGAAUUUUAUAUUACAAAAAAUAACAGAGUAUCUUGCAUUAUUUAUAAAACGUUUAAAAAAGAAAUAUAAAGUAGUUUGAUAGCUCUCUUUUUUGCAAUUGUACCGAAAGUGGCUUAACUAUUGAAGUCGAUAGCUUUUUCUAGUGACUAGGCGCGUAAAACUGUGGACUAGCGCGUGUGGUGUGAUUCGUUCUGGUGAGGUGGCGCUGUUGUUUACGAUGUGACUCACUUCUGAUUUCAGUCAAACGCAGACGAUGAGCGUACGGUACCAGCUACGAUCCCUGUAGUCUAGCGGUAAAUGCAUAAAUCUUUUCUGCGAGAGCUUGAAAGUUGGUUUCGUCCGUUGUUAAAUGGACACAUUCAAAGCGAAGUGCGUUUAACACACUUAAAGACUUCUCAGGACAGCGUCACUACUUCAAGGGUUUCGGGGAUGCGACGGUCGCCUCAUCCUCUGCGUUUGAGUCCUUUUACCUGAUGUGUGAUUUUUAUAUAUUUUGGUGUAAAACGUUUCUAUGGUAUAUUUGUUGUUGUUUUUUUCUCUUGUAAUUGAGUUGUUUUCUUUAAAUGCCAGGGAAGUGACUGCUGCGCCUGCACUGAUUUAUAUGAAACAAACGAGCGAUGUGCGUCUGCUGUAUAACGUUUGACAUACGGCUGCUCUCGAUGCUGCAACGCCGUUCCUAGUGCGACUCAAAAUAUAUGCGUUUUCUCAUAAAAGACGACCUUAAAACAUUGAUAACAUUUUUACAAAUAUAUUCUUGCUUUUUUGGCCAAAUACGUUCUCCAUUUAGAAAAGAGGCUAAAAAUCAAUAGCAUAAGAAUUAAGAACAAUUAUUAUGUUGCGUUCACGUCUUGUCGGAAUUAAUGUAAUUGCUUCGACUGGGAACUGUUUAUAUCCUCAGAAAUUAUUUGUUUCAAUGGUAAUGCUCAAAAGGCCAAAAGUGAUCCUUUGAUGUUGAUGACGUCAAUAAUAGAGGUUGACCAAUUAUAAUCGGGUUUACCGAUUAAUCUGUGCCGAUAGUUGCUUUUUGGAAAUAUUGGUUAUCGGCAAAAAUCUACCGUAAAAUGCUUUUUUCAGCAUUUUGGCAUUCCAAAAUAAGAGUGGUGUUUUCGGGCUUGUUUAUACUUAGAAGUCCCAUGUUUCGCACCAAAUCAGAUUUUUUUCUGGUUAUUAUUGGGAUUUUGGUUCAACAAAAAACUGCUUUUGGGAGUUUAUUCAUUUUGGACUCUCUGUCUUUGCCCGCCAUUGUAAAGAAAGUAUAAGUUUUUUUUUUACAUUCUAUAAUUCGAUUUUUAAAAGCUAUCAUCCGAUUAAUCGGUUAUCGGCCUUACCUUAGAUAUCGGUAACGGCAAAAUCCACUAUCGGUCGACCUCUGGUCACUAUAUUAAUUCACCUCUUUAUGCACUUGGACUAAUAUUUGUUAUAAUAAAAUGCCAUUAAACGGUACAAUGUCUCACAAUCGCUAGCCAACCAUGGCAAUUUUGGUUGUUUUCAUGAGUUUCAAACUUGCAAUUAUGAGUUUGACAAAGAUGUGAAAGUAUUUACUACUCGUCAUUUCUGUAAUUCUGACAAGACGUGAACAUUAAUGCUUUGAAAGACAGAACAAUGUUCCGUGAUCGCUAGCAUACGACUUUUAACUAUUAAAGCCACUGCACUUUUGGUUAGGUAAAAUUCAGAGUUUCAAAUUUGUUAUUACUCGCUUGACGGAGAUGUAAGUGUUUUUUACUACGUGUAAACUCCAAAUUAUGGUAUUUUACGACGAUACAUGAAAGCAGCUUUAAAAAAAACGGCAAAAUCUGAAGCAAACGACUUUGAACGACUUUGAACGACAUACAACUCAAGAUUUUUAUAGUUUAGUCCAGAGUCUGAUAUUAAGACAAUCUCCGUAGAAGUGUACAGCACACAUUUGCUUUCCACAUCAUUUACGAUUGAAGAAUUCCCUUUGAACGUGUUUUCGCAUUGCACUGAUCUGGCAUUUUAAGAACACAUUUGUUGUUGGUAUAUUUGUACGACAAGUUUUAUUUUUAUUAUUAUCAAUGUAAAUCAACUGAAAAAUCGUCCUCUAACUGGCUAAUCUGUGAAAUUGUUUUGUAACAAAGUCUUUGGUCCAUCUCCACGUUGCUUUCGUAACUAAUGGUAGCGUUCUAUUGGCUGUUGCAGUUCUGUGGCGUGUCCGACAUUCUAUACGCAAUGUGUCGAAAGGUUAAAGAAUAGAAUGUUCUAGAUCUUCUAGCUUACUCGCAAACGAUGAUAAUGUGAUUUUUGUGUUCAUGUGUCAGGUAGCACUACUGCCUAAUAAUGACGCAAUGGAUUUUCCAAACGUUUCUUCCAAAUGUUCCAAUUUUUGUCGUUUUUGUUGUGGUGAUUUGGUGUAAAAGUGACAUAUGCAAAUCGGCCUGUGGUAGGAAAGGAUCACGACCUCUCAAUAGGAAUGUCAUCCGUAAAUAAUCGCUUAUGAGGGCACGACGAAUUCAGUAUUGCGCAACACUUACAUUUCUGCAAAAAAUUCACCCAAUUGAUAAUUGCCGUCUGAUACGCUCUAGAUUUACCCAGAAAGGGCUUCGCAACUGAGGACUGAACUCAGAUUUUAUAGUUCAUUUAAAUCAAUCUUUCUGUUCCUUCCCUGUCUGAAACGGUGCCAUGUCCCGAGAGGCAAACGAAACGGCUCUUAAUUGUAAACUAAGACAAUCCUGAGAAUAACCACUCUCAAACAUUUCUUAAAAAUGACUUGUAAUUCUGUCAUCGUUUACAAACCCAAACGACUAAAAUGAUUUUUCGGUCCUAGUUUGAGUUUGAAAAGAGCGGUAACAUUUGCUAAACAUCUUUUGCGUUCCUCGGAAGAAAGAGGGUGAGUAAAUGAUGACAGAAUUUCCAUUUAUGGGUGAACUAUCCUUUUAAGACCCAUUGGUCAAAAAAAGGGGUCGGUUCAGAUAUUAAUCGUAGACUCUCUUUAAGCAGAUCGAAGCGAGCGGUCGAGCUGGACAGUCCCGUGUGUCCAGUUCUGUUGCUGGGGAAAGUGGGCACUACCUCUGAAUUCAUGCCCUACUUCUCCUACAAACUCUCAGACUUCUACAUUGUCUUGACUUUUAUUCGCUCUUGUGAAGCCCCAAUGUGUUCCUGCUCUUAAAAACACUUUUGUGUCUUGUCUCGCGGGACGUGCAUUACCAUGUUUCACUCUAAAUGAUUUUAAAGACUUUAUUUCUCCAGUUUCCUGUUAAUGUUUAAAGGGAUAUUUCACCCGAAAAUGUAAAUUCUGUCAUUGUUACUCACCCCCUUUUGAAUAAUCUUCACACAGGUCUGUUCAAAGUGACCACGACUGUCCAGAUCCAUAUGGACAGUCCAUAUUACCUGUGUUACGGUAAUGAGAAUUGGGAAAGAUUAUCAGUGAAUCAUGAUAAAAUUUCUGUCUGUUGCUCUCACAGAGCUAUGGCAUUACUUCUGUAGACUUGGAAGUCCUGUGGGCUGCUUUUAUGGUUCUUUUUGUCCAUUUUGGAGUAGCAAACAUUCUGCUCACAUCUACUCAUCUGCAAUGGGUUUACAACGCUAUCAGGGUGAGUAAACAUGACAGAAUUGUGGGGUGAACUGUCCCUUUAAGACUUUCGCUCCGUGUGUUUUAUCUGUUUAAAGAGGUUUCAAUCAUUAACUCCUCAUCCAGCUGCUAGACAUGAUGUUUUUGAACAUUUGACGUUUCCUCCAGAUUCACAGCUCAAUAAUCGAGGAACGCGUGUCUCUAAGCUUCUAGAUGUUUGUGUUGAUGUCGCUAUUGUUGGCGUUCAUUUCAACCUAAAACUGGUUUGUGUUCUAUAUAAGUGAAUCGUUUGAAUGCCGUUCCGGUUCCCUUUUCAAUUGGACUUUUUCCCCUUUCUAAAAGUCAUUUCCUUUUUCUCGCAUCCACACAAGCUCAUCAGACUGCAGUUUAUCUCUGUACCGUCUGUAAACGGUCAAAUAUGUCAAGCUAUAAAUAGCUGUGAGUUUAUUAUUAUGAUGGAUUUUUUGGUCUAAAAAAGAAAUAAAUGCUCCUGUUGUUUCUGUAUGGGGUGUGUUAAGAUAUCCUUGUUCUUUAUAUGGGAAAUAUAGAUACCGUGAAAGUCCAUUUAAUUGUAAGUAUUUAUCAAUUAAGUUAUUGUACUUUUGCAAUUUGUAGAUAGCGAAGUAAUAUAAUGUAUUGGUAUAUAACGAUGAAAUUAACUGUAUCAGUCAGUCUGGAGCGUCCUUUAAUUUAUUGAUGUAUAUACUGUAUGCUUAUUGAUAUACAGCUUACUUUAUUUUAUAUAUGACCAAUAAAUACAUUUUGAAAAAGAGACAUUUGUCUGUUUUUUUCCCCACCUGAUAACUGUGUGUGUGUGUGUGAC